CUAAAAAAUCCGCACGCGUCAUUUGAAUUUAACAAGCGAACGGGGGUGGAAAGCGGAGAAAGCAAUAACGCGACGCUUGUUUGUUUCGCCAUAGCUUGGUGCAAUUUGAAAAUAGUUUUUAACCCGAAUUCCUGCAUAAACGCGGUUCGAAAAUCGGCUGUGGAUCAAGAUCGCCCUAAAAAGAAUAUUUAAGUAAUGGCCAGACCAAAGGGAAAGGCCAAGCCCAAAACAACGGGCGGCAGGAAGCGAACGGCGGCCACCAAGAAAUCCAGUCAAGAUGGAGAGAAGGAGAACGAGGAUCGGGGCGUGGCGUCCACCUCCACAUCCUCCUCCCCUUUUCCGGAGGCCAUGUACUCAAUAAUGCGGCUUGCGGAGCUCAAGGAAUCCAUGCACAAGCGCUACGUGAAGGAGAUGCAGCAACUGUACACAAAGAUGGGCCACGACUCAUUCCAGCGGGCCUUUGUCAACGUCCUGAAGGCCGUCCUGGAAGCAGAGGAGGGCAAUGAGAACGCCACUACGGCACUAAACUUUUGCGCUACCUUCGUGACCACUCCGGAUUCGGAGCGCACAGAGCCCAUGUUGGGCGAAACCUUCCGUUGGCUUCUCACGACCUAUUCCAGCAACCCCCACAUCCGCUAUCGCAUAUGUUACUUUGUUAAUCUCAUACUCAAGGAACUGGGGCCCAAUGCCGCCUUGGAUGACAACCAAUGCGAUGAAAUCCUGGAUGGGAUGUUGGACCGAGUAAAGGACGUUUCUGCCAGUGUUCGAAAACAGGCCGUGCUGGCCAUGCAACGCCUCCAGAAUCCAGACAGUCCCAACGACCCCGUCGUCUGCGCCUACCAGUAUCAUCUGUCUGCCGAUCCCUCGCCCAACGUGCGCCAGUGCAUCAUCACGUGCAUGGGCCGUAACUACAUCACCAUUCCGCACAUCCUACAGCGCUUGUGGGACGUGGACGAGAAAGUGCGCCGCCACACGUACGUGAACCUGUGCAACUACCCGGUGCGCUCCUACAAGGUAGCCCAGCGCCUCACCCUGCUGGAGCAGGGACUCAACGACUCCUCGGCCACUGUGCGCAAAACGGUUGUCAACUACAUGCUGAAGUCGUGGAUCGAGUCGUACCACCAAAACUACAUCUCGCUCACAGCCGCUCUCAAGCUGGACUCUAACGAGGAGGAGCUGCUACGCUUCCGCCGCGUAGCUAAGCAAAUGCUGAGGGUGAUCUUCGAGCAGACGGAUCACCAGAAACUAGUGGAACAGCUGCCGUUAAGCGAUGACUGCGAGCUACACCGCUGCAUUCCCCUCGAAUCCCUGACCGUGGAACUGCUAAUAUACUGGCAGUGUCUCAGCGAGUAUCUGGAGACGGAAGCGCCCGAAUUGGAGCCAGUGUUGCCGGAACUCAGUGUUUUCUGCAAUUAUCUGGACAAAUUUUGUCAGUUUCAAAAGCCGGUGAUGGACAAGUUCGCCCAAGUAGAGUUUCAGAACAUGCUGCUCUCGCUGGUGGAGAUUCUGCAGUCUUAUGAUCUGGGAGACGAGAUCGGCCGCGGCAACAUGCGCGAGCUGAUCUCUUCCCUGCUGAAGGAUUGCCUGCUGGACCACAAGAUCGUGUGCGUGCUGGUUCGCUGCAUUGAGCAACUGAUCACCGACCUCAAUGAUCGGAUGCAGUUCUUUAUCGAGAUCAUCUACGAACUGUGCGAGCUAAACAACAAGCAGAACGAGCUGAUUCACGACCGCAGUUUGAUCAAUAAGUUGCUGGACGACUUGGACACGCCGCUGAAGAUGAAGAUCUCCUCGCUGAAGGUCAAGAUCCUUGAAAUGGAAGAGCAGGAGGACAAUUUUGUGCGCCAGAAGGAGUACAUACGGGCGCAGACUGUGAACGAUGAGAAAACCGCCGUUACCGAGGAGUACACGGAACUGAUUCGCCCGCUGCUGGAGCGGAACGGCGUGCUUGAGAUGCCCGCCCGACCGAAGUUGUCCAAGCAGGAACGCGUGCUGAAAGGCCUGUACACCUGCUACUACAUGACCGCCUCGCCGCACGUGCACAAGCUGACGCCAAGCCUCUGCCAGCUGUACAAGGACUUCAUCUGCCGCUACCUGCCCUCCGCAGAGGUGGACAUCUUCGAGUGGGCCAUCAAAUGCGGCACCACUUACAGCAUGUUUUACGAGGCCUACAGCAAAGAGGUGUUCGAGGUGGUGGUGGAUCAGUUCUGUAACAACAAUAUCGUGCGGCUGUGCGAGACUGCGGCCAUCUGCAUGUUGGAGCUUUUGGAUCACUACGGCGUGGACUACUUUAAUGAUCUGAACCAGACCGGUAGCGCAGUAUCGAAGACAAAGCGACGACAGCUUUAUACAAUGCAAGAAAUCUACGACGACGAUGAUGGCAGCCAAUCGCAGAACAACGAGCAGAAUACCGACAUCAUUAUGGUGAUGGGCCACUACAUGGAGCGGGUCCAGAACAAAGGAGUUGGCUUGGCCAUCGUUCGCGGGCUUUGCCGCUUAGGGCUCCGCGGUCAUUUGGACGAUCGCACGGAUGUGCUGGAGCAGCUUUUGAAGCGUUACUUCAACCCAAACACCGAGCCCAUUAUCAGCCAGGUGCUGGGCAUGUUCUUCGAAGAGCUGAGACGACUCAACAAGCAGAGCCUCCUGCAGCCAUGUUUUCUGCCCACCGUUUGGACCAUCAUGAACUGCAGCUUUGACUCGCCGCUUAAUGGCGUCCAGCCCGAAAACUUGACCAAGUUCUUCCUCGAAAUGACAGUGCAGGAGGCCAGCUCGCCCCAAACAAAUAUACACAACAAAAUGGCAAUAAGUUUUCUGCAAUAUAUUCAGAACUACUUCACGGAGCGCAAGGAGAUGUGCCGCCUACUGGCCAAAGAGCUUACGGCUCUUUCUAUAAACGUCCUUAACGGACCAGAAAUUAAGGCUGAAAUGCUCGAACUGGCGGACAAAUUGAUAGCUAGCGAAUUGCCCCCUGGCAUGAUCAAAAACAUUGAGAACUUUAAGCUGGUGGUUAACGGCAGUUUCAAUCCGCCUCCCCGACGGAAUCCCGUGGAGGGCGAAAGCGAUGGGGAGUGUGAAACGUUAACUGUGAGGACUGCAGAAUUGGAAACAGCAACGCCCCCACAGACAGAAGCUCCAGCCGCUAAUCCCGUAGAUUCUGCCAGCGUGCAGACUCCAUCUGCUGCCCCAGAAACUCCUGAAAGUGAAACAACCGCAGUGGAAGCCACGCCUACUCCUAAAGCAGCCGAAAAAGCAGCACCAACCCCAGAGCCCAUUAUAACAACUUAUGGCAAAGAUAACAUUGUCGGGAUUCGUUAUCUGCGGCGCUCGAUGGCCAUUAGCCAUUCGGAUGCAGAGAGCUUAUUAGGAACGCAGACGCCCAAUCCUGAGGAAAGCACGGAAACUGAGGUGGCCGAGACAUCCAAACGCAAUUUAAGUCGACCGCAGAUGAGGCGACGCCUCGAAAUGGCAAUGGCCAGGUCUUCCAAAACACCGGAAAAGCAACCCUCUAGUGCGAAUGAAUCCUCCGAUGAGGAGAUUUCCGAGAGUCCAACUGUAGCCGAAAAGUCAAACGAUUCCGAGGUAAUAGAUGCAUCGCCCACAGCCGCUUCACCUAGUACCCCUGCUGUUCCGGAUGCCAGCCACUUGCGACUUCGUUCGCUGCGCACCAGGAAAGCCGCCGGCACAUCCAUAUCCCAGUCCACUCCCAUACCACAUAGCAAACGAAAAGUACUUCAUCUGGAGACGCCUUUAAGAAACGGAAGAAAAAGAGUGCUAAGACGAACACCGUCCGAUCCCAACUCCCGCUCCUUGAGGACCAGUGAUUCAACCGCUCUCUCUCCGCCUCGCGACUCUCCGCUGCGGAAGCAGCCAUGCCCGGACAACAGGAGCUCCCGGCGGCAGCAGAUGACCAAGAACACGAAUAGUCCUACGGACAGCACUUCAUCAGUUAAGGAAAACCAAGUACCUCCUGUGGUUGUAACUGCACCGGAGUCGGACUCAGAGUCUGAAAGCGAAUCUGAAUCAGAAUCUGAACCAGAACCAAGACGCGCACAGUCCAAAAAGCCGAUCAACAAAGCACUAAAUGUCAUUCGUUCCCUGCCCAGCGCUAGCACCCCCAAAGUGACCACGCGAAACGAAGCACGCGCCCAGCGGAUGAGUUCCAUGUGCAUGACCCGGAAACGAAUGUCCCUUGAGAUGAAUCUCAGUGGCGGCCAGCUGCAAGUGUCCACACCUAAGCGCGUGACGCGGUCUGUGGUCAUGAGCAUGAGCAUAGACGGCAAGCGUACCAGGCGGAAAUAGCGUCCACCUGGACUACCCCUCAAUUCCAGUUGUGUGUUCUGUGUUCUUUCGUUAGAGUUAAGUUCUGUGGCCGUUUCUCUGUGUAAAAUAUGUGUAAAUUAUGUAGUAGUUUCAAGUUUAAAUAAAUCGUUGAAUAAUUUAACAGAAA